CACAGCUGAUUGGCUGCUCCUCUCUCCGCGUCAGGGACGCGCUUACGCCACGGACGUGCGGACGUCGAAGUUGGGUUCAUUUCGGCAAGAUGACAGAGCGCAUAGAAGGAUGAGGAGGCGCAAGUUGAAUUUCAAAAUGCUCGAAAAUUAAAGUGCAGUCAUUGGUGGUGGUGGUGGUGUGAGUAAAAAAAAGUGAUCGACUGUUGGUGAUAAAACACUCGAACAGGGGAACAGUGCGACAGGGGAAAUAUCAGGUUUUUUUUCUGGCUGAGGUCCGCAGUGAGGACAAGGCAGCGGAGGUCCGUCUCCACUGCGCCCCCUUAUGGUGACGGGCGGUCCUGAAGGGGCCUAUCGCAUUCGGGCGGGGAGGGGGACGAGCUGGGGCGUGUCGAAUGGCCACGCCCUUCGUGCCCGUGGCCGUGCCUGUUGGGCGGGGCAGUAGAACCCGCGCCCAGCGGACAUCCUCUUUAGGCAGCGCCUCCAACAGCUCUGGCCCCGGGGCCGAGGAGGGGGUGGCCCCUGGGGGCCGGGAGGGAGUGGCCUGUCAGAGUCCCGUGACCCGGGCUCGCCUCUACGGGGCAGACUGCUCCAUGGUGUACUCCAGCUGCCCCCGUUACCAAGGAGACGACGGCGGCGGCGGCAGCGACGACGGCGGCCAUGGCAACCGCGACGGCCAUGGCAACAACGACGGCAGCGGUUCCCCAGGGUGUGGCUGGGACGACCGGCCCCUCACCCCGACCGUCCUGGGGUACGAGGUGAUGGAGGAGCGGGCCAAGUUCACGGUGUAUAAGAUCCUGGUGAGGAAGACCCCGGAGGAGAGCUGGGUGGUGUUCCGGAGGUACACGGACUUCUCCAGGCUGAAUGACAAGCUGAAGGAGAUGUUUCCCGGGUUCCGUUUGUCACUUCCACCCAAACGAUGGCUGAAGGACAACUACGGCAGCGACUUCCUGGAGGACCGACAGCUCGGCCUGCAGGUCUUCCUCCAGAACAUGGUCGCCCACAAGGACAUCGCUAACUGCGUGGCCGUGAGGGAGUUCUUGUGUCUGGACGAUCCGCCCGGCCCUUUCGACAGCUUGGAGGAGAGCAGGGCGUUCUGUGAGACUCUAGAGGAGUGUAAUUACAGGCUGCAGAAGGAGGUGUGUGAGAAACAGAAGGAGGUCGCCUCCCUCCGAAGACUGCUGGAAGAGAAGGAGCUCCACAUGCAAGUGCUGGAGAAGAGGCUCAGUGCUGCUGCUCUAACAGGUCCAGGCAGUGAGAGCAGUGUGGAGGCGGACGCUGACAGGGAUGUGGAGUCGUCGGCAGCAGAGGCUGACCAGGAGAUGGGUGGAGAGAGCAGUGGUGAGACUCCCUCUCCCAGGCCCUCCUGCUGGUGCGCACCCCCCCUGGGCAGCUCCCCGCCUGUCAUCCAGGUGUCCGAGACCCUGCCGGAGCCCUGAGCCGGGAACCGUCUCUCCGGGUGUAUGCUGUUACAGGGACCGUAUUUCAGGGAACACCCAUGCCCUCAGCUGUUCUUUCCACCGCGGCCGCCGAGUGGCAGUCUUGGCUUUCCCGCGACAAGGAAGAAACCGGGCCUUCCAAAAUGGCCGCCGUCGCCUUGAUUUCAGAUCUACUUCGUCUUUGCUUCCUCCGUCGCCUUGGAGGACAGAUUGGGCUGUUUGUUUUUCUUCUUUAUAACACGUUAAGGGCGCCAACCUGUGGCAGUCGGACGCCGUCUUGUGCCGCACAAAAGACGCGGGUUUCCACCUGGACUCGACGAUUGGAUGCUUGGGCGAAAGGCCACAUGCUGCUAGUUUUUGCGUAGAUGAUCUCAUUACCAAUCUGGUGUCACGGCGUUCUGAGAUUAUGAGCGUAGCUAUAAUUAUGUGAUGUUUAAGCCAUGGAAACCUAUAAAAGCCUCAUACAUUUACAAGAUAUUAGAAUACGACGACUAAUGUGUGCUUUCUAACUCGACAGUGAAAACGGUGUCAGAUUCGAGGCGUGUUCAUGGUGGUGUUACCAAGAUGUGUAGUGUGACAUACAGCCUAUUUUGUGUCAUUUAACAAUGUGCAUAUUUUAAGUAACGGGAUUAAAUGGCUGCAUUUCAUUCUGUCCACUCUGUGUGAAUCAGCGCACUGAAAUUUAGUGGCUUAAGUGGAUCAGUUGCUAACUGUAGUUAAAUGUGAUCAGUCUAUGCUGGGCAAUCAACAUGGGUUGGGUGUUGUGGUUCUCCCAUCUACACCACUCUCUCACACACACAGACACACACCUAAAUAGUAUGCCUGUAUAUGGAGUGUGGCUUGAAGUGAUGUUUGAGAUGAAAAACACUCAGUGCCAUGUGUGUUCGACGUUUCAAAGUGCCUCGCCUUCUCCUCGCUUUUCCAGUUUGCGUUUGGUUUGGGCUUUUGUUCCCUUUGAGCGGAAGAGGCUAUGCGAAACUUUGCCACGCGGCUGCUUCGGAUCUCAUGAGAAAUUCGGGGAACUCGGAGCACCCAGCUGAAAUAAAAAUAAAAAACUGCUCAAGCUGUUUGAACAGCCGGUAGCUGGUUGACCAGUUCAGUCCAGUUGCACGCUCAACAUGGUUUGGUCAGCUCAAGCUAGGUUUUGAAACAGCUGGUAGCUGGUCAUUUCCAGACAGAUUUUACAGCCGGGCUUCAUUCUGAUCCACUGUUAGGCUGUUCAUGAGAACGCAUCGAUACUAUUUGCCUAAAUUGUCCUGGCUUGUUGAGCUAGCGAACUAAUUGGUUCACAGUAAGAUUAGCCAAGCUGCAAUGAAAGUCAAUAAAAAUAAAACUGUGCUGUUUGAGAAAGGGAGAUGACGUCUGCGGUGCCUGCGCUUCCAGUAGGCUAAUUACCGCGACUAUCCGUGUGGUGUGUAGCUGCGUUCGUGACGUGUUUGGGAGUAGUUGACACUACAGGGAGUAGAGCUACAGACGAGAAGCCGUUUAAUUGGUCAAAGACGUAACUCUUAACCAAUCGCAGCCCCCCCUCUUUUUUGGCCCUGUUACCAACGGAUAAAAUUUUUCAAUUCAUGUCAUUGUGCCUACGAAUAUCACAUAGCCUAUUUAAUUCAUAGCCGUGUUCUGUUUGAUGGGUUUUUUUUAUAUUCAAAAGAAUCUCAGAAAACCGAACAGGGAAAAAUGACCGAAACAAAAUCCGCUGUUUGAUGGAAGUCAGAAGCAACAAUUCUAAACUGAUGGCUAGGGCAAUGCACGCGGCGACUUUCGCUUACCGUUGCUCUUCAGUCACAAGCGUACGGGCUUUGCCAACAUCACUAUACGGUUUUAUUUCUGUUUGGCUAUCUUACAAGUUUAGCCUACAAAUUUAGCCUAUUGUUGGUGAGCCAAUUGGAUUGCACUUUGUAUGACGGUUAUUGUUUGGACAAAUGCCAUUGAGGUUAUUGGACUGAACUGAAAUACAUAUUUAAUUUCCUUAGAUUGUUCCGAGCUACCUUGAUUCCCGACGUGUUUGUUUCUCUGAGGUUCUACUGUACGUAAAUCACGUCACCGUUCAGGACUGAUCAAAGAUUGGCAUCCAAGGACGGAGAAUUUUUCUCCACUCACGGUUUAUCCUGACGUUGUGCUACGAAGAGCAAGGCAGUGCUCCUGCACUCAAACGCCCUAUACACUCCCGUCUCCGUGUUUUACUGGGGGUAUGGGUACGGCAUCUUUUGCAUGAAAAUACAGGUAAACUGUAUUCAGGAACUUAAUAGGUAUGUAUAGCCUUAUUUGUACUGAAUAUUUUUUUAAAUAUUAAUAAAUAUGAUGCAGCACUGAUGCAUUUUACCAUUUACAUUAGCCCUUUUCCCAUCUGUUAAAAAGAUAAUAAAUAUUUUUGACGAAA